AUUUUAUAUUAAGCUAAUCCCAUCAUAAUUAAUAAUAUAUAAAAAUUGUUAUGUGGAUAAAAGAUUGGAUUUUAGUAAGUGCCCUGAAUGCGCGAUUAAGCUAUAAAAAUGCGUCUUAUUAUUAUCCCAUUUAUAGUCUGUUGGAUUGUUAGAACGAUUGCUCAAGAUGAUGAUCCCUAUCGUUUACCACCAAAUUAUAUAGUUAAUCAUUAUGAUAUAGAUCUUACUAUUCCUGAGGAAACCUUAACUACAAGCACGAAUAAUAAUUAUUCAGGUUAUGUAGAAAUAAUUUUCCAGGUGACAGUGCAAACAUCAGAAGUGAAAUUGCACUCCGGUUUUAAAAAUAUCCAGCUUCUUUCAAUUCAGUUAGACUCCGAAACCCAUCUAACUAGCGAGCAGUACCAAGUAAACAGUACAACCGAUAUUCUUACGCUACAGUUUAAAACUGAUCUUGUAGUUGGUAAAAAUUAUACCUUAAAAAUUGCAUUCAAUGCGAAGUUAUUAACUUCAGGUGGUUUUUAUAAAGCUUCGUAUACAGAUACAGAUGGAAUUGUGCAAUAUAUCGCCACCACCCAAUUUGAAGCCACCAAUGCUAGAUUUGCAUUUCCCUGUUUUGAUGAGCCCCGAUAUAAAGCAACAUUUGCUUAUAAUCUGACCUAUCCAGCAAAUAUGACUGCUUUAACUAACACGCCUUCCAUGAAAAAUAUAUCAAAUGCAGAUAACACUAUAACAACCAUAUUUGGGACGUCACCUAAAAUGCCAGUGUACCUAGUAGCAUUCAUCAUAUCCAAAUAUACGUGCACUGAAGGAGAUUUAGAAGGUUCAUCUGAAUUUAAACAUCACAUAUGCUCAAGAGAAGAUAAAGAGUCGGCCAGGAACUGGAGUAUGUAUGUAACCCCCAAAGUAAUUGAUCAUCUUAACUCUUAUACUCAAUAUAAUUAUACAAAUGCUUUGAGCAAAUUGGAUCAGGUGGCGGUAUCAGGUAAAUCUGGAGCUAUGGAGAAUUGGGGUCUCAUUCUUUAUAGUGAAUCAGGUUUAUUAUUUGAUAAUACCUUGCAAACAAAUGCCAAUAAGCAAAGUAUUACAGCUGUCAUUGCGCAUGAGCUUGCUCACCAAUGGUUUGGAAACCUUGUUACUUGUAAGUGGUGGUCAGAAACAUUUUUAAAUGAGGGAUUUGCCACGAUGUUUGAAUAUUAUACAGCAAACGCAGUAGUUCCUGAACUAGAAAUGGAAAAACAGUUUGUCAUAAGGAUUUUACAAUAUGUUAUGACUCUCCAGGGAAGCUUAAAUGUACCAGCAUUAAGAUCCAAUGCUUCAACACCUGCAGAAAUCUCUGCUAAAUUUGGCACCUAUACUUACUAUAAAGGCGGAAGUGUUUUAAGGAUGAUUGAACAUAUUGUAGGAAGAUUAAACUUUAAAAGUGGAUUACAAAAGUAUUUGCUUGAUAAUGCUUUUGAACCUGUUGAACCUCAAGACUUAUGGGAUGCUUUGGAAGGCGUAAUUGAGAAUAGUAUACCUAAUUUGCCCGUAGGAGUUAAUCUCACAACUGUUGUAGAUAAUUGGAUUAACAAAGGGGGAUAUCCCGUAAUCAAUAUCACUUUAUUGGGUACAAACGUAAUACUUACACAGCAACGGUUUUUAUAUAGCGGUACUGAUAAUGAAAAUAGUUCGUGGUAUGUGCCAAUCAGCUAUUCAACAGCAGAUUUCAAUUUAUAUAACGAAAAUACUGAUCCUAUUGGCUGGGUUACUCCUACGAAUCCAUAUAUUAUAUCUGGAUUUUCUAAUAGUAGCAACUGGAUUGUGAUAAAUAAUCAGCAGACUGGAUUCUAUCGCGUAAAUUAUGAUACGACCUUGUGGAACAACUUAGCUACCGCGUUAUUGCAAACAAACUUCUCAGGAAUACAUGAGUUAAAUAGAGCACAAAUUAUCGAUGACUCUAAUCAGCUUGCCAAAGCUGGGUAUCUAUCUUACAGCCAAGUAUUAAGGAACACCGAAUUUUUAGCUAAUGAUACGUCAUAUUUUUCAUGGUAUCCUGCGACAAGCCUCUUUUGGUAUUUACUGCAAAAGACUGGUAGUAUGACUACACUGGGGGCAGCGUUGACACAACAUUUUUUGCAAUUGAUAAGUAAUGCAGCUGACUCAGUACCUCUCGAGACAGUUAAUGAGGAUGCCCACAUUUAUACUUUAAAUCAAAUUUUAAUUAAUACUUAUGCUUGCAAAUUUGGCAAUAAUAAAUGUGCAACAGCCGCUAAGCUUUUGUUUAAAAAUUACAAGGAUACCUAUGAAAGGCCAAAUAUUAAUAUAAGGUCAGUAGUGUAUUGUAAUGGAAUAAGACAUAGUGAAGACUCAGAAGCUGAUUGGAACUUCUUAUAUAAGCAAUAUCAAAAUUCUUCGGUUUCUCAGGAUUCUUCUACCAUUUGGUCUGCUUUGGGUUGUGCAACAAAUACAACUAUUUUAAGAACGUUCUUAUCAAAAAUUCUAACAAGUGAUGGCAUUAUUACUUCAUCUCAAUAUACAUCUAUUUUUUCCACUAUUAAUAAUGGCAAUGAAAUUGGAGUAGAUACAGCUCUCGAGUUUUUUAUUGAGAACUAUCGAGACAUUAUUAGCAGAUAUAAUUCUUCCGGCUUAUCUGUUAAUGAGGUUCUAGCUGGUUUUGGAUCAACAUUUACUAAAAUUUCACAAAUACAAAAGCUUGAGAGCUUUUUAAGUUCAGCAGAAAAUUUGACAGAUAGCAUAACUGAAUCAGUAAAAAGCGCAAUAGCCACUGCCAAAAGUAAUCAAGAAAUCAUUAACCAACAUACAAGCGCAUUGUAUACCUACUUUGGGUUAAGCGAUGAUGAAACGAGUUCCACUUCUACUUCAACUACAACUCUAUCCACUACGUCAUCUGUUUCUUCAACAACUACUACCUCAACAACUAGUUCAACAUCUUCAGGCACUAGCUCAACAGCUUCACCUGAUACUAGUGGUACAGAGAGUCUUUCAAAGAAUACGUGUAGUUUAUGGCUAUUAUUUAUAUUUGUUAGUACAGUUUUUCGUAAUUGAAAACUUUAAAUUGUUGUUAUACUUUAAGCGAAUAAAUAUUUUUGUUGGUAAAUAAAUAACAUAUCUUAUGCA